AUGAUGGAUAAUGGGAUUAAAUUAGUAAACAAUGAUAAAAACAAUAAUAUUAACAAACGAAUAUCAAAUUUCCCAUCGCAUAAUUGGAUACAUUCUCGAAGUUCUACUGGUCAGAAGUCGUGUCAAAAGAUGAAUGAAUUAACCAAUGGAUCAGAUCUACAUAAAGAUAUAGAUGUGGUGAAAAGUUAUCAAACAAAAGAAGUCAAUCAUCGUCAUCAGCAGCCACAGCAUCAACAUCAAAAUCGACAACAUCCUGCUGUUCUUCGCCUGCAUCAUCCUGAUUCACCUGGUGUUUUAUUGGCAUUUCAAUCUGAAUGGCGACAUAAUCAUCCACUUGUUAUCUCUGGUUGUCAACGUAAAUUUAAUCAAGAAUUAUGGACACCACAAAGUUUUUCUGAUGAUUUCGGUGAAUUAAAAACUACGCUAGUUGAUUGUGCUACUGGUGCUGAAAUAACACGUUAUUGUUUAAAAUCAUUUUGGGAUGGUUUUGAACGACAUGAACGUCGAAUCACCAGUAAAGAUGGUCGUGCUCUAUGCUUAAAACUUAAAGAUUGGCCAACUACAGAUGAUUUUGCUGAACUUCAACCGAAACGUUUCUCAGAUCUAAUGUCAAAUUUACCAAUGCCAGAUUAUACACGACGUGAUGGCCAGUUGAAUUUAGCCGCCAGACUGGCAUCAUUUUUUGUCUGUCCUGAUUUAGGUCCUAAAUUGUAUGUAGCCUAUGGGACAGUUGGUUCAAAUGCGAUCAGUACAACAAAUCUACAUGUGGAUAUAGCUGAUGCUGUCAAUGUUAUGCUGUGUGUAGGUCAACCAAUAGAUUCAUCAAAAGAUAUGCUAUCCAAUGCUGAAAAUAUACUGAACACAUUAAAGUGUUCACGUGUUGAUAAUAGUUAUCUUGACAGAACUGUCAGUUGGUUGAAUCGACUGAAAUCCUAUCCUAAUAAUCAUAAUCACAGUCAUAAUAAUCAUAAUAAUCGAGAAUUUGGAUUCGAUGAUGUUCCUGGAGCAUUAUGGCAUAUUUUUCUUCCUGAAGAUUCAGCUGUAUUAAGAGAAUUUCUCUCCAGAGUCAGUGAAGAGGAAACAGGCUCUCCUGUAGAAUCUGGUAGUGAUCCAAUACAUGAUCAAUUAUUUUAUUUGGAUCAGUCAUUAUUGGAUCGAUUAUAUGAUUAUGCAGGAAUUCAACCGUGUACAAUUGUACAAUUUCUUGGUGAUGCUGUAUUCAUUCCAGCUGGAGCUGCUCAUCAGGUUCGUAAUUUAAACAGUUGUAUUAAAGCGGCUGUAGAUUUUGUUUCACCUGAACACUUACCACAAUGUUUCCAACUAUUAGAAGAGUUUCGUCAAUUAUCACCGAGUCAUUUAAAUCGUGAAGAUAAAUUACAAAUUAAAAAUAUGCUAUUUCACGGAAUUAAAGAUGCUCUGUCAGUUCUAUUGACUAGUAGUAAUAGUAGUAAUGGUUCCAAUGAAAAUGAAGUCAAUUGUUCCAAGCCAGAGCAUAAAUUAUCUCAGUGUACUACUAAUGCGAUAGAUUGUAUCGACCACCGACAAGAUGAUGAGAAUAAUAAUAAUAGGUCGUUGUCUUCAUCUACUGUCAAUGAUGAUAACCGAAUGAUGGGGAUGAUGUCACUGUCAGACAUGUCAAAUAUAAAAUUGAAUAUGAAGUCGGAAUACCCACAUCACAAUAAUAAUGGUAACAGUAAUACAAAUAUUAUGAAGUCGAGCAAUCAUAAUUCAAGAAAUGGAGGUAACAGUAGUGGAGGACGGACUAGAGGACGACCUGGGGGUGGCGCUGCUGCUGCUGGUGGGGGUGGUGGUGGUAGGUCAAAAGCAUCAUCAUCGUCCGAUUUAAUCAAUCCCCCUCCCCAUCCUCCUCCUCAUUCUCAUCCUCAUCCUCAAUCGUUCACUUCAUCAUCUGUUACACCAAUAUCAUCUUCCUCGGGUUCAAUAUCUAAUGCAUUUUCCAGUGUUUCUGCUCCUGGGAUUGACAGCAGUAGUGGCCUAGUGAAUUCCUGUCUCCAUUCAAAUUCUUUGAAUAUACCUUCAAGAGAUUCUAUGUGUACAGCAUCAUUGUCUUCGUCUUCAGAGAAAAUAAUGAAGAGUGAUAUAAAACCAAAUAAUCUGAUGAUUACUCCUAAUCCUUGUAAUUAUGAUUGUGAUCGUAUUCCUCCUAUCGCGAUUAGUUCAACUGGUUCCCCUUCCCCGUCUACUACUACAUCUAGUCCAUCUGUGAAUUCAGAUAUUCUGCAUAUCCCAGCAUCAUCAUCAUCCUCGUUAUCCUCCUAUUCUUCAUCCUCCAGUGGAUCGUUGCCCUGUCAGCACCACCACCACGUGCAACAUCAGCAUCCUCACCACUGUCAACAACCUCAACAUCAAAAUGCUUGUACUGGCAAUUUUCAUAAUAUUAGUCAGAAAUAAUGAAUACUACUGAUGAUUGUCAUGUACUGUGGUAUACACCUGUCCCGCAAUUAUCACAGAUACUGUUUUUACAGACACUUCAAAGAUAUUAUACCGCCACACCCACCCAUACACACACAUACACAAUGAAACACAGAUGUGAAUAAAAGAGAAGAAGACGAAGUGUAGAACCACUGUUUAUCAUUGUAUUUUUACAAUGUGAUGAUUCUGUUGUCUCUGAACACGUCCACGCGUACUUACGUACUUUUCUCUCCACCUAGCUAGCUAGCCACCUACCUGUCUACCUACCUACCUAUUCAUUCUUGAAUACAGAAAUGUUUCAGAAGUCUGCGUGUGCGUGUGUGUGUGUAUGUGCGGACGGGUGGGGUAUGUAUGUGACCAGUUUGUUGGUAUCAGGGUUAUCCAAACUUCAUCCAUUGAGAAUAACUAACUAACUAACUCUUUUAAUCCCUUUAUUCGGCUUCAAUGAAUUGCAUAAACAUCUUCUGCAACUCACAAGCACGCACGCACACACACACAAACACACAGACAGAUACAUAAACAAAGAGAGAGGGGGAGAGAAACAAAUCCACCCCGCAAGUAUUCCCCUUCUUUCAAAUCAGGCAUACGCGCCAUAUCUUCUUAUCUCCAUGUUUUCUCUAUGUUUAUUAUUAUUAUUAUUAUUAAAACAAACAUGGUGAUGACAGAAAUAUUUUUACAAAAAAAAUGUAAUUCAGUCAGUUAGUCAGUCAUUUGUAUAGUUUAUAUUUUUAUUGAUUUAUUUACGUUUAUUUGUUUACUUAUUGUUUCUUUGCUUGUUUUAUUUCUUUUUCCUUUGUUUUACAAUUAAUUUCAUGAAAAUUGUUGUCCAUAUUUUUUGUCCAGCUACUUUUAUUUUUCCAAUUUCUCAUACAUCGUCGUAUGUGUAUGUAUGCGUGUGUGCUUGUGCGCGUGCAUGCGUGCGUACCCACGUACUUGUGUACAUGUAAUUGUCUAUUCUGUUGCUGUCAGUUUUACUAUUCAAAAUAUCCUUUCACCACAUUCAAUGUGUUAUUAGAAAUUUAGAUAACCUACUAUCCUUAUUAAUUCUAAUAAUUACCACUACUAAUCAUGUUGAUGGUGAUUAUUCAUUCUAUGAUACUACUUUAAUGAUAGAAAUUAUUAUUAUCAUUACUAGUAUUAUAAUUAUAAUUGAAAAUAAUUUAAUAAUAUUUCAUAUUUCUUUAAUCUUCUUUUAAUUGUCUUUUGCACAAUAAUCUGUAUGUAUGUAUUUAUACACCCCGGUCAUGUUUAAUGCUAUGUAUGUAUAUGUGCACAUCUACGUGUGCGGAGGUGUGUGUGUGCGUGGGUGGGUGGAUGGAUGUUUGACAGACAGACAGACACAAAAACAGAAUUAAGGGAUCCCUUUCAGCCCCCAUUGACAAUGAAUAACUCGAUGAUAUGUCUCUCCCUCUCUCUAUCUCUAUCUAGGUGAAUGGGCAGAUAGAUAGACAGAUAGACAGCAGACACACAUAUACGAGACAGUAAGCACACAUUGAUUUCAUUCAUUCACUGCCUGCCUGACUGACUGAUCAAUCGAUUGAUAGACAGACUGACAGUUUUCGGGAUUCUACAAAAUCUUUCCUUAUCUUAUUUGUGUUUGUUUUAUUAUUAUUUACUUCUUAUUUACUUUGAUUUUAAUUAUUUGUGUGUGUGUGUGUUGGCGUGCGUCUUCACCUCUUUUUUCAUAGAUUUCAGGAGUAUAAU